AUGAAAAGAAACUUGUCGUUCCAUGACAUUGUCAAAGUACUCGGAACUUUUUCCCUCCUCAUACAAUCAUCACUCGCUCUGGAAGAUGAUGAUUUUAGAGUUAAAGAUUCAUUCGAUACCCUAAUUACCGCACUACUUUCGAUGUUGAUAUAUUUAAAUUUGAACAAAAAGAAUUGUUUAAUGGAACUUGGUUCAAUUUGUCUUUCAUGUCAAUUGACCAUCAACGGUUUGGGAAUUUGGUUCAUGAUUAACAUGCACAAAAAAACAAAUGAUACCUUCUAUAUACAAUACUUGAUAACAUACACCAUACUUUUAACAACAUCCGUUUUGCUUGAUUUAUUAUUACUGAUACCAAAACCCAUUCCCGCGUCAUAUUUAUACAUGAAAUCGUGUUUUCUACCUUGGGUCGAAACGAUAAUUCACACGAUUUUCUUCGUAAUCGCUUUUCAGAGAUUUAACUACAUCAGUAACGACGUAUGGAUCAUCAUAUGUCCUUACUUUAUCUUAAUCUUGUACGCGAUGAAGAAAUCAAUUACAAAUCUCCUUAUUAUACAUCGUGAAAAAAAGGUUAUCGGUAUCAAUGAAAGGGCCGAAGAUGUUUAUAACCAUCUUGCAACGUUCGAUGAAAAAUAUGAUUUGAAAAGUAUAAGUUUUGCAUUUUAUACGUACAGCGGUUUUAUUUUGGCGAUGUUAUGUGCUCCAUCUAGUUUAUUGUUAAAAUGUUACUUGAUUAUGGUCCUUUUUUCCCGAACCAUCGCGGAUAAAAAAUCAGAAGAGGUCGUCAAAAAGUCGUCAAAAAUGUCUAAUCAAAUCCAAACCGUGUGA